GUAAUAAGUGUGCGCCGGAAGUGUUGUAAACGUGUUUUUGUUUGCAGUCUGUGCCAGCAGGACAGAGUGUGAUUUCAUUUCCUUUUAUUAGAAUUAUUAUUAUUGUUGUUAUUUUCUGGGAUUGUAAAGCCAGAGACAGACGGGAAUCCACUCAAUUCUUGGUGAGUAUCCAACAUGGACAUGCAGCCAGCAGCUGGUACAUUAAGAAGGAAGGAUGAAUUACUGAGUUCUAUCUAUCUAUAUUCUAUAUCUAUAUGUUUAUAUACACAUGGUGUUUGUUUUAUCUUUAUUAGUAUGACAUUUUGUCACUUAUUACCUGUGGAUUUUACAGAUCCUGUAAAUGUCAGGGUUUGUUUUUUUUGUAAUCCUCCAUGCAGUAGAUUUAAUAAUCUAUACUGCUUGGAACAUUUAAUCUGGCUCUAAGAACCAUCCCUAACCCUAAGGGAUCCAUGCACACUGCAGCCAAACCAGAUCAUUGUGACUUAAAAAUCCUCCACCAAACAGCAUGUCUCCUAACUCACACAUUUCUUAUAUAAUUAUCCUGUGGCAGCUGCCUGGCGAGAGAAGAGCGUUUGCCGAACAUGCACACCUCACCCUUUAUAUAAUGUUUUGCCUCUUUUCCAUUUUAACUGUGAAUGGAUAACUGGCAGCAACAGAUUCAGUUAUAUGACGUUCUGUAUGAGCUCUUUCAUAGUUGAUUUAGCUAUUGUUUUUUUUUUUUUUUUUGCCUUGUGCUAAUAUAUAAAAUUAAUCUUAUUUAUCCUAAAUGAAAAUGUCACUUUGAAGAAUUUUUUUUUUUUUUUUUUUUAAAGCUUUCACACUUUAAUCCCUUAAGGACACAUGAAGUGUGACAUGUCAUGAUUCCCUUUUAUUCCAGAUGUUUGGUCCUUAAGGGGUUAAAGCAAUCAGUCGCUCUGCUGUGGGAAAACCUAAAAGUGAGCACCAUUCUUAAAUACCCUCACAAUCAAUACACAACUGGCAUUCAUCAAAUUAUUUACAAAAUGUUCUCAUGCUUCGAUGUUAGACAAAGAAAGAAACAAGAAAAGAUGGACCCUUUAAUGACUGGUACCUCUGUGUGGGGGAUGACCCCUGUAUAAAGUAGAAUAAAGAAAAAGAGAAUUGGAAGUAACAGUACUAAAUGGUUAAAAAACGGGGAAUCACUUUGAUGGUAUGGUGGAUAAAGAAAUGUAUGGAAUAAAACGUCACUUUUAAUCUUGUAGCUAAAAAAACCUUAAAUAUAAGGGCUAGAUCUAUAUCUAUUAAACACACUGACAUACAAACGCUAAAUAAGGAAAAUUAAGGUGAAUAACAUAAAAUCAAAAUUGUGUAAAUUGUAAUGUCCAGAGAUCGUCCUAUAGCAGGAUUUAACAAUAAUAUCUGCAGUUUAAUACUGACAGGUAAGACUGGAAUACAAUUAUUAUAGAGGUUCUUCAGUGUAACCUAAGUGGACAAAAGUAAGCCACUGAGAACAGGACAUAUACUGUUCCUCGCUAAAAGUAUUUCCUUGCUUGGAACAACGUGUGUGUUUUACACACACCACUUUUAGAUAGUGUGGUUAACCAUUUAACUAUCACAUUACAGCCCUGUUCUCACUGGCUUACUUUUGUCCACUUAGGUUACAUUGAAGAACCUCUAUAAUAAUUGUAUUCCAGUCUUACCGGUCAGUAUUAAACUGCAGAUAUUAUUGUUAAAUCCUGCUAUAGGACGAUCUCUGAACAUUACAAUUUACACAAUUUUGAUUUUGUUAUUCACCUUUAAUUUUCUUUAUUUAGUGUUUGUCUGUCAGUGUGUUUAAUAGAUACAGAUCUAGCCCUUAUAUUUAAGGGGUUUUUUUUAGCCACAAGAUUAAGUGACGUUUUAUUCCAUACAUUUCUUUUAUCCACCAUACCAACAAAAUUUUCUCAACAUACAUCUGGUCAGCCUACCCUCUCAUACUGACAUAACUCCACCUCAUUGGAGGUAGAAUAACUUAGGGUUAGGAUGGACGGAGGGUUGGACAUCUGAAGCCCGGGGGUGGGGAGUUCACCCUUGAUGCAAUUGCUAGCAUGCUUUUCUAACAUUUUGGAACUCUUGCUACCAGAGGUACACUUCUAUUAUUGUAAUAAAAGGGUUAAACUCUAUGUGCAGCAAAACACUGCAAGUUCCAGGCACCAUGGCCACUUCAAAUAAAUCACAGAUGUUGUCAUGGUCCUUGGAGUAACCCUUUAAGUGUUUUGCCUGGUGUGUGUGUGUGUGUGUGUGUUUAUGUUGUUGAUGGCAUGACUUGACUUUUGUUGGUUGCCCCCUCUAUUGGCUUUAACAAUUCUAUCAUUCAUUUAGGCUUCAUAAGCUUUAAAAUAUGUCGUUGGCGGAUGAGUUGCUCGCUGACCUGGAGGAGGCAGCUGAGGAAGAAGAGGAGACUCUAAUAGGUGAAGAUGAUUUGGAAAUGAUUGAAGAGGUGGAGGAGGAGAUGCAGCUUGACAUGAAUGCAGAAUCUGUGAAGAGUAUAGCCAAGCUAUGGGAUAGCAAGCAGGUGAGUUUAAGGUUGUUUUAAUUCUAUCGCAACGUCUUGCACAGCUUAACAACAUGUUCUGUAAUGUCAGGCUAUUGUUUGAAUAAUUAUGGAUUUAAGGAAGCUGUAAGUAUUAGGACUAAAAACAGUUAUAUUUUAUUUUAAUUGAAUCAUAUUCUGUUUAGUGAAAAGGCUACCUUGCUCAUAGUGUGAGGGAGUAAUCACACACCCUAAUUAUUAAAGUACUUUAAAUGAAUCCAUAUAUACAGAGGUACUUACAUUCAAUGUGAAUAUCAUUUGUGUGUGUAUGUGUGGGAAUAAAAAAAUAAAUAAAUAUAUAUUUUAUAGAUAGUGAAAGUUGCCUUGCAAAUACAAAAAUUUAAACCGUAGAGAAGGCAGCUAGUACUGGACUGUAUUAUAAAUGGUUUUGUCUCCAAACCUCCCUCCCUUCAUUAGGUCUGCAACAAUUGCACUACUUGUAAUGUUAAGUAUGCUAACACUUCAAAUAUACUAACCAUUCACUUACAAGAUAAUUCCAUUUAUUCAUUGCAUAUUUUAGAAAGGACCCCCCCAUCUGUUUUAUUUUGGGGGGAAAUUGCCAUUGAUUUUCUUUUUUUUUUUUUAGUUUGCAGAAAUAUUGGAGAAAAUUGACGUAUAUGUGAAAAAGCAACCAGACACAUCUGAAGGUAUUUUUAAUUUUUCAUUGUUUAUGUUCUUCAGUAUAGACAGAACCAUGAAAUGUUAACUGUUAAUUCAGAGGGAGGCAGAUUUUUUUUUUUUUUUUUUUUUAAACAGAAGUAAUCAACACUGUCAUUUGUCAUUGAAGCAAGCGAUGUGUUCUGCAUCUGUCUUUUAUAUAUUUUGAUUCUGUUAAAAUGUCAAUGGAAUUUCAAUGCAAGCCAUAUGUUUUUAUUCCCAGUGGAAAACUUUCAAAGUGAUGUUGACGUUUCAAUAAAAUUGUACGUUUUCUAUUUAAAACUCCAUGAAUUGUUGUUUGUUUCAAACAUAUUCAGUAAUGGGUCCUGUGGAAGCUGCUCCAGAAUAUAAAGUUAUUGUUGAUGCAAACAAUCUGACUGUCGAGAUUGAGAACGAACUUAGUAAGUAUAUUAUUUAUAUAUACUUUAAUUUUUUUUUCUUUUCUGUGAACAUCUAUUUUGAAAAUAACGUAAUACGCCUCUAGCUGAUUUAUUUAUUCUUUUCUAAUUUUUUUAAAAUUUAUUUUUAGAUAUUAUUCAUAAAUUUAUCAGAGACAAAUAUUCAAAAAGGUUUCCAGAACUGGAGUCAUUGGUUCCAAAUGCUUUGGAUUACAUAAGAACAGUAAAGGUACGUGCUUUGCAUAUAAUAUUGUAACAAGGUUUAAUCUUUAAAAUUGAAUAUAUAAUUAUAAGAAAAGCUCAACUGAAAGUGGGUGAGAAGUAAUGUGGUAUAAACAGUACUGUGUGCUAUUUAAGGGGAAAAAAUCUGUUCCCACACUCUAUCUAUAUAGAUAGAGAUAGUAAUGAACCCAAGGCACACCAAGGUUUGCACAUAAAUGUUUAUUCAUGCAUUGAAGAAAUAUAUCAAGUAACUUUGACAGAAAAAAAGUGCAUAGAAUAGUGCAUACCAAAUCCAUAGUACCAGUACCACAAUAGUAAUAAAAAAAGGUAAACACUCAUAAAAAAGGUAUACUGACCAAGAGCAGGAGAAAUGAAAACCCAGACGUUUUGGCUCUUAAGCCUUCCUCGGGGGCAUCCAUUGGCAAGUUAAAAUGAAGCCCCGUCGAAUAGAAAUUCACCCCUGUUGAGCAUACUUUGACUUGCAGUAGCAAGUAACUUCUAAGGCAUGGCUAGUAGCACGGGACUUAAAAUUUUUAGCCCAAUCAAUAUACUUUCAUGGUCAUCAUAUAUUAUUCUUGAUUGAGGAUAUAAUGUAGUAAUUUUAUUUGCCACUUGGAACAGUCCAGCAAGUGCUCUCAUUCAAGACUCAAGGUUAUUCAUUAAUCAUCAAAUUCUAGCAAAUUAAAUGCAAACCACAAAAUUUAAACUAAACUAGCCAAGAUAUGACUAUAGCUGAGCUGGAGAUUUUUUUCCAAAUCAGCUAUUUCUUCUUUAAAUUUGAAUUUAGUUUGCUAAGAUUCAGAGUUUAGGGAAUAGCAUUUAACGUCGGUAUAUGUAUUAAAUGUUACACUUUAGCAUAUCCUUCUGGUAACCGAGUAAAAAGUAUUUUAACAUUUUUGAUGAAAAGGAAGAGAAAGUUCCCAGCAUCCCAGCCGAUCACAUGACAUAUCACUGGAAAGCCCAGGAUGUCCUCUUUACAAUACAGCAGGGACUGAUUGAGCAGCUCAAAAGAAUAAAAGGAGAUGCAUGUGAAAAAAUGUCCAGUACAGGGGAAACAGGUUAAUGGGCUGGGUCUCAGAAGUAUAUAGCUUGCUUCAUAAGCUUAUACCAAGUGACCCUAAUGAUGUUUUGUGAGAGUAAACAUUUUGUCAGUGAAAACAAUAUACUUUAACAUGCAGCUUUAGCUUAGUUUUGAAAUAUAGAAAGUUUGCGCUCUCCACACGGCGGCAUCGCUUCCAAACGACAAAUAAUUUGACCUUGAGUAGAUAGUCCAAUGUAUAUGUUAUGCCGUGUAAGUAACUGUUCACCAUUUUUUUUUUUGUUCCGGUUUAUAUCUGCUACUUUGAUAGUUUAAUAGUCUUUCUAAAACUCUUGAGAGUGGAAGCAAUUUACCUAAGCACUAGAGCUUCUGGCAGGGGACCCAAGGAAUAAAGAACUUCCAUUCCCAAUAUCUUUGAUUAAAAUGUUGAUUUUUCCAUAUGCUGACAAAUCAAUUUUCUUUGCACAUUGCAAAACCAGCAGUAUACUAGUUGCCUAAAUCUCACACAAAACUGCAUUAACAAAGUGAGUUGCCCAUCAGUUCAAAUCUCUAGAAUUGUAAUUUUAUCGAAUAAAUACAUGUCACAAUGAUGGUACAGAAUAUGUAGCGUUUUGUGUGUGAGGUGCUCUCUAGAAGAUUGGCAUUAUCAAUGAGUCUAGUGUCCAACAGAAUUUGUGUAAAAAUAUGUUUACUCAAAUCCGAUAUACCUGGAAAGGUUGGCACAGCAUAGUGUGAUGAUAUAUGUUGAAUUGCUACUUAUACAAUAAGAUGACUUUUUUUCUGAACAUGGCAUUUUUCCAAGAUAUUAUUUUGUAGAUAUUACGAAUUGACUGCUUUUUAUUUAUUUUUUUCCUGUUUAGUCUAAUUAGUGACAAUCUCAACAGGAAAAUCUUCAAAACACCAACAACUACAGAGUAGUCUAAGGUGGUUUUCAAGGUGUUUUCUCAUUAAUAUUUUGUAGGAACUUGGAAAUAGUCUGGACAAAUGCAAAAACAACGAGAAUCUGCAGCAAAUCCUGACCAAUGCCACUAUAAUGGUUGUGAGUGUGACGGCUUCCACCACCCAAGGGUAGGCUCAAAUAAUAUAAUUAUAUUCAACUGCAUUUUACUGUCUCACCUUCUAUGUUAUCAACUAACGCCAUCACGGCCCACAUACUAGCUGCCUACAAGGGGACUGCUUUUAUAAAACUGCAUUGUGUGUCUGUAGGCAACAACUAACAGACGAUGAACUAGAUCGCAUCGAGGAAGCGUGUGAUAUGGCUCUGGAGUUAAAUCAGUCCAAGCACAGAAUCUACGAGUAUGUCGAGUCAAGGAUGUCCUUCAUUGCCCCCAAUCUCUCCAUCAUUGUAGGGGCCUCCACUGCAGCCAAAAUAAUGGGUAUGCUUCAUUGAAUUUGUGGUUUCUGCACUGUUGGCUUGUUCAGCACAAAAUAUAUACUAAAUAGAAGUCAAUCGACCGUUUUACUUGGAACAUUUUAUAACAUCUGUAAAAUGUGCUAUUAUAUUGUGUGGGAUCUCCCUUUCUAAUUUGGGGUGUACCAACAAGUUAAUUUUGGAUUUUGUUGUUUCCCCAAGGAGUGGCUGUCCAUGAAUACGUUUAAGUUGGUGGAUGCAUGUAUUUGGUGGAAUAAAAUAAAUUAAAAUGCAGUGUCGCAAUUGGCUAAGUCAAAUCUAAGUGCCAGAGAGGUGGGCAUCAUGUUUCUUGCAUUGCAACAGUGACCUUUCCAUAUUGUUAUGUAAAACUUAAGUUACUCCUAAGUAACACUCAUCUAUUUUUUUUUUAAUGUAAUCUGUUAUUUAAUAUUUAUAUAUCCAGGCUCUUUCUUUCAUAUCCAGUUGUAUUAGCGAAGGUUUUGAGGUACUUGCCACUGCAAACAUCCUCUUGUAAUGUGACUGUAUGGAAUUGGCAGGACAGCAGCAUAAACAGCCACCCUUUUCAGGGUGGGACCUAGUUGUCUAAUGGGCGAUUGGAACAUUUUAGCCUUGCUUUAGCCUUGCUUUAACCUUGCUUUAAGUAAUCUGCUCUGAGUAAAUAAACAGAAAUAAACAGAUUAGUUAAAGGAACACUUUAGGCACACAGACCACUUGAGCUCAUUGAAGUGGUCUGGGUGCAAUGUCCAAUGUCUCUUAACCCUACAGUGGUAAUUAUUGCUAUUUCUGAGAAACUGCAGUAAUUACCUCUGUCUACCAGAAAGCCACUAGAGGGACUUCCGGAAUCGAAACGUACCUUUUGGUCCGUUAUCUGACGCUGGACGUCCUCAUGCUCUGCAUGAAUACCUCCAGCGCCAGAUUUUUUCCACAUAGGAAAGCAUUGAAUAAUGCUUUCCUAUGGGGAAAUCCUAAUGUGAGCACAGUCAUUGCUGCACGUGCACAUUAGGUCUCCCCCCGCCAGCUCACAGUGGGGGAGGUGCGUGGGCGGAGUCUGACCCAGAGCUGAGGGACAUCCGCACUGGAUUCAGAUAAGUGACUGUGAAGGGGUUUUAACCCCUUCAGCACGGCGGGAGGGGGGCAUUGCAGGAGCCUAUAGUGCCAGGAAAAUGGGUUUGUUUUCCUGGCACCAUAGAAUCCCUUUAACCCCUUAAGGACCAAACUUCUGGAAUAAAAGGGAAUCAUGACAUGUCACACAUGUCAUGUGUCCUUAAGGGGUUAAAUGAUUUAACCAGAGGUUAUUGAUUGCAGAAGAACAGGAUGAGUGUACAAUCCAAAUACAAAGAUAAAGAAACAGUAAUACAUUUAUACAGGUGUAUGUCAGGUCUGUAGGAAUAGAAUAUAAUGCACUCGUGAGUGAAUAAGGGUAACACUACUAAAACUGGCAGUUUUAGGGUGAUGUUUGCCCUUUUAAUGCACAUUCAAAAGUGACUUUCAGUUUUUGUUGUUUUUUUACACAGGGAUUGCUGGUGGUUUAACAAAUCUCUCAAAAAUGCCCGCGUGUAACGUCAUGCUUUUGGGAGCUCAAAGAAAGACCUUAUCUGGCUUCUCCAGCACCUCUGUGCUUCCACAUACAGGCUAUAUCUAUCACAGUGACAUUGUGCAAUCCUUGCCGUCCGUAAGUAAAAGCUGCCUGUGGGGGGAGUGUGUGUAUACGUAAUAUAUAUUCUAUUAUUACAACCAGAUAUUUUUAUAUUGUAAUUUAUUUACUUUACCUCUAUAGGACUUGCAUCGAAAGGCCGCAAGAUUGGUUUCAGCCAAAUGCACAUUAGCAUCACGUGUAGACAGCUUUCAUGAAAAUCCUGAAGGAAAGGUCAGUUCUAGACCUGUAGUAAUGUGUUUUAUUUUAUUUUGGGAACCGUUGCUGGUCUAAAUAUUACUGAACCACAACACAGGUGAUUUGGUUACACAGCUUUAGUAAUGGGUUGUAGCCAGUAGUGUAUUGUGGUUUUGUGCCGCCCUAGGCAUGGAAAACUCGGGGCCCCUCCCCCCUUUCCAAAUUUCUCUUCCUGACAGAAACACGCACUGACAUACAGUCACUGAACGAUACACAGUCAAUGUCACACACACUUUCACUGAAUUAUACACAUUCACAGACAUACACACACUCAAAUUCACCGACACACACGUGCACACCGAUACACGAAUGCAUACACACUCCGUGUCGGGGAGAAACACAUAUACUAACUGACAAACUUACAUACACACACGCUCACUGACAGACAUAUAUAUAUAUAUAUAUAUAUAUAUAUAUAUAUAUAUAUAUAUAUACAUUCACUGCCAGACAUACAUUCAUUAACAGACAUACACAUUCACUGAUUCACUAACAGACAGACACGCUGUCGCAGAUGCGCAUACACACACUCUCAGUGACUGAGAGUUUAACCCACCCAGCCUCCCUACUUUUGGGAGUGUUGGAGUGGAUUCUUUCCUGGGUCCAGUUGGGCAGAACGGGCGAACGGUGGAGGCUUGGCGGUGAGGGAACUCCAAUCCCUCGCGCGCCUCUUAGUGAUGCCGGAGUGACGUCAUGUCCCGGCUCUGGCAUCACUGUGGGUGCGCGAGGGAGCUGAGCAGGAAGAGCUCAGGGGAGAGUGCUCCCUCGACGCCCACCUGUGCAGAUGCUAAUCGGCCAGCUACUGGGUCCCCCAGGACAAGAGGCUGGCAAGGCAUCUGCCAGGGCAACUGAGGGACAGCUUUUUUUGCUGCCCCCUGAAAUUGUUGCCCAAGUCAAAUGCCUUGUCAGCCUCGCGCUAAAUACAGUGCUGGUUGCAGCAAUCAAUACAGGAGCAUGAAUGAGCGCUUUUGGAGCCUAAGGCAAAUGCAAGUUACAGAUUUUCAACUUAUAAUAUAUGAGAAAACAAAUAGCAGUGUCACAAUAUUUAUAUCACACAAAAGACAUAAAGGGCACUGAUUCCCUCACUGUAACGGGAGGCAACAUGCCAACAUAGAAAAAAAAAAAAUGGGGAAAAAUGAAAGCAAGAAAAAGGGAAUAUCAUAAAAACAAAAACUGGGGAAGAUGAUGAAUGCAAGCUAUAGUUAUAACAUGUACGUGGAUCUGGAAGUUAGACAUGUGAUGAGAAUGAUGCCAAGACAGUACACUUGUGUGGUGUAUUCCAUUGACUGAAAGAGUUGGGAUACAUGGUUAUGGAGAAGGUACUUGCAAAAAUAUAUUCCGUAUGUCAGCAGCUGAUGGGUUACUUGAAUUAAUAAGGAUGGAAUUAGAAUUGUUUCUGUGGAAACAGAAGGGGAUCCAGAACUUGGCCUAAUAUAUUUAUAAGCUGUAGCCCACAGGACGAAACUUUCAUAGUAAUAAAGGCUAAAAAGGCUUUUGCACAUCCCUAUUGCUGCUGCUGUAUCAAUAUGAAGUAAUUCCAAUAUAAAGCAAUUUAAAUAUACUUGACUCAAAAAUACAAUUUGGAUUCCUGCUUGGAUCUACAAGCUCUGACCCCAGAUUAACUAACUAUUCUAUCCUUUUGGAUUUAGCAGAAAUGAACACUGUGGCUAUCUUAGAGUAGUUUCCUCAGAGUGGUGAGAGCGGAAAUGUGGUUGAAGAGUGUGAGAGAGAGAGCCUUGUAUACAUGAGGCACUCAAAAAGCAAGAAAUAGAGGAAAUUAGACACACAAGUAGGGUAAGUAGAGGGCAACAGGCAGUGAGGCAAAACAAACCUGGGUUACAAGCGGUGUUCAUUGUGGCAGCAAAUUUUUAGUCAGUCUUUUGACUAAAAAGCCAUUUUAGUCGUAUUUGUCACCUGAAUUGUUUUAGUUCUAGUCUAGUUGCCUAAAUCUCUAGACAACAUUAACACUGGUUACACGAUGCAUAGAUGAGGGUAGAGUUAGUGAGUGAAGGAGAGAUUGCGGAAUUAUUUAAUGUUCUCGUCAAAUCAAUAUUGUAUAUAAAAAGUGACUGCAAGUGUCAGUCUCUAUCCUGAUAGGCUAAUAAGCAAGUGGAAGAAGGUACUAAAGUACCUCAUGGUAAUAUGAGACCAGGUAGAAUUGUAGGGGGUGCGUACCUCCCAACAGUCCUAGACCUUAGGAUACUCCUUGGAUUAAUGAUGGCUGCUAAUAGUGUAUUUUAAAUUAUUCCAGAGCUUACAUUAUGGUUUUAUCAAGAUUUGGACCAUUUGCAGCGAAGACCAAUUGCAAAAUUUACACAGCUGCUUGCAUUGUUUUACAUACAAAUAAAAUGAAAAAGAGACUAUGGCCAUAGCUAGCCAUUGUAUAACAAAGGCCUGUUAUACAAUGAUUAUGAUGCCUUAGCUGACUGACCGCAACAUGUAAUAUACUUUGUAUCUAGAAUUGUUGCAUAAAAAUAAAAAAUCUCACAUACCUGGAAACUAUUUGGAGGUUAAAAAAAAUCUGGCAUGCUGACCUUUAUUUCCAAUAAUAUCAGUGAUUUUAUGUUUCUACACAUCACGAGUCUCUCAAUCUAAAAUGGCAGUUCUAUGGAUAACUCUAGAUUCAGGUGAUUUCUUUGGAAGAUGAGUUUUUUUUUUUUUUUUGUUUUUUUUUUAUCCUGGUCAUUAGCUGUCAUGCAAUGCAAGCUACUUGGAGGAAAUCUAUAGAGCAGCCAAAGAGAAUUUGAAGAACUUAUUGGUGACUUGUAGUCUGUGCAAGUAAGGAAAGACCACAGAGAACAUCUAGUCCACACACAGUUUACUAGAUAUACUAGUGGACUAGUUGAACCAAGAGAAGUCAGUACUAGGAACGGUGGAGGUUUUUGAGAGACCUAGAAAAUUUGGCUUUGAGGACUUGGAGAAAAUGGACAACAUAUAUUUUUGUUAUAACAUAUUCUCCUGUCUGUCAGACUUGUAGAAUCCACUUAUAUAUAAGGCUCUUGAAACUAUCCAUGCUUAUACAACAGCCCCCCAGAGCUUUCAGAAUCUCUCUUCACUAACCAUAUUCAGGGAUGGGGAAAAUGUGUAUUUUUGUUUUUAUUGCAGACCAGACUGCCCUCUGUUCCAAUGCCUCUCUCCGUUCAUUCGGCUUCUUUCCUUGCCCCUUUCACAUACUUGGUUUCAUAGUUACAUAUGCGAAAAAUGAGACGUGUCCAUCAAGUUCAGCCUUCCUCACAUCUGUUUUUUGCUGUUGAUCCUAAAGAAGGCAAAAAAUAACCCAGUUUAAAGCACUUCCAAUUUUGCAACAAAUCAAGAAAACAAAUUCUUUCUUGGUCCCAGAAUGGCAGUCAGAUUUGUCCUUGGAUCAAAAAGCUAUUACCCCUACAGUUGAAGUUUUGCAAGUAUGCAUCUAGUUGCUUUUUAAACAUCUUUACGAAUUCUGAUAAAACCACUUCUUCAGGCAAGGAAUUCCACAUCCUUUUUGUUCUUAUAGUAAAAAAGCCUUUGAUUUGCCUUCAACUAAAUCCUCUUUCUUCCAGUCAACGCAUGACAUUGUGUCCUAAUGUAUAGUCCAGUUUGUGAAUAGAUUUCCCCGGAUAUAUAUGCGGUUCUUCUGUCUACCUAUCAUUUUAAAUGGACAAUCCUAUUCCGCCUCUAUUUACAGUAGUUUUUUUGUAAAUGCUGAUACCAUACCAAACCAUAUUAUGGGGUGAAUGGAGCAACACUUGAUAACAGAAUGUAUAAUAGAGUAAUACCUAUUAUUCCCUUGGGAAAACAAUUAUGUUAAUUUGCUUCCAACGUUGUUUGCUGGAUAUUUUUAUUCCACUUUGCCAAUGACUGUGGUUUUUAUCUGCUUUUUGUUUUAUUUUCCUUUACAGGUUGGUUAUGACCUAAAGGAAGAGAUUGAAAGGAAGUUUGACAAAUGGCAAGAACCUCCUCCAGUCAAACAAGUGAAGCCUCUUCCUGCGCCCCUUGAUGGGCAAAGGAAAAAACGUGGAGGACGCAGGUUAGCAUAUACUGGCCAAAUUCACUGAAAUUGAAUAAAGAUAAUGUACCACUCUGUAUUUUACUCUUUUAAUUAAAGGACCACUAUAGUGCCAGGAAAACAUACUCGUACCCCCACCCUCAGGAUCGCCCUCCCGCCGGGCUGGAUGGAGUGGAAGGGGUUAAACUAACCUCUUUCUCCAGCGACGGGCUGCUCUCAUCCUCUCCUCCCUCUUCUCCCUCUUCGGCUGAAUGCGCAUGCGCGGCAGGAGCCGCGCGCGCAUUCAGCCAGUCCAUAGGAAAGCAUUCUCAAUGCUUUCUUAUGGACGCUGGCGUCUUCUCACUGUGAAAAUCACAGUGAGAAGCGCAGAAGCACCUCCAGCGGCUGUCAGUGAGACAGCCACUAGAGGCUGGAUUAACCCUAACGUAAACAUAGCAGUUUCUCUGAAACUGCUCUGUUUAUAGAAAAAAGGGUUAAUCCUAGAUGGACCUGGCACCCAGACCAGUUCAUUAAGCUGAAGUGGUCCUUUAAGACACACACAGGUGUGCUGAAGUAGUGUGGCGAUAACUAGGAUAACGUUCGAUAAAAGUGCUGUUCUCCCUCUGUCAUGUUUUCAAAAAUUCCUGUCACUACGUUGUAUUAUGCAUGUGCAAAACUAUGUAAGAAUCUCUACCGAUGAACUUGUAGAAUGAAUGGCUGAUUUCAUAGGUAUAAUUGUUGGUGUGCGUGUCUGUGUUCUCAUGCUGUAUAGAUACAUUGUGCAGGGAAAAAGGCUGGUUCUUUUCUUUUUUUUUUUUUUUGUUUUUGUUUUUUUUUGUUCUAGACAAAGCAUAACCUUUUUGUUUGUAACACUAUUUAUUUUUUUUGUAAGUUGACAGAACACCUUUAAAAAUGUCAAUAAUAUUUCCGGCUAAAAAUGAUUUUUGGGAUAAACAUGAUCAGCCAACAAUUGAUAUUUCCAGCCUUGAAACAGUUUUGAUUUAACCCCUUAAGGACACAUGACAUGUGUGACAUGUCAUGAUUCCAUUUUAUUCCAGAAGUUUGGUCCUUAAGGGGUUAAAGUGGUUCACUGAUUGGGGGUUGAGCAACACUCCAACAAGAAAAUGUAUAAUCCCUCUGAAUUUGUACCGUUUCAAGAUGAAAGGCUGCACAGACCGGAUCCUUGCACAAUAGCUGUUUUACAGGUUUGAAGUGGUUAUGAUGCCUGGAGUAACCCUUUAAAACUGGUUCAUCAUAUUCUCUUGUAGGACACCUUAUUGGAAAUGUGCUUCGUAACAUCCACUUUUUGUUUAUCGUUAUUAGAUACAGAAAAAUGAAAGAACGUCUUGGGCUGACAGAAAUUCGUAAACAAGCUAACCGAAUGAGUUUUGGCGAGGUCUGUUCUUGCUAUAUAUUUUAUGCAUGCGCGCACACACUCUAAGAUAGUAUCGUAUCAAUUAAACAUACUUCAUCUUGAUUUUUGUUCACAUUGACCUUGUCAGUUGUUAGGAGUAAUGACAUUUACCCUAAAUGUUAUGAACUGAUAUGUAUACAAAUACUGUGAACUGGAGAAAAUGAACACGUGUAUAAUUGUUCCUUAACCUUAAGGGAAAAAAAAGAUCUCUUAGAAUAGCAUAAUAUGACCACCCAGAUAUUGUACAACUGCAACUCUGUGAUGGAUUGCGGAAGUAUUCGUUCUACUACUUAGGAGUUCACCUUUUUGGCCACCCUGGAUUAGGACCAAAGGUUUGAAAAUAUUAUUUAGGGCUAGUUUAAGAGAUUUCAAAAUAUGUGUUUUGUUUGCAUCUUGAUUCUGUAAUUAUGAUGUUUGGUAACUAAUGGCAUAUUUUGCACAUUCUGUUUUAGAUUGAGGAAGAUGCAUAUCAGGAAGAUCUGGGCUUCAGUUUAGGACAUCUUGGGAAAUCUGGCAGUGGAAGAAUUAGACAGGCCCAAGUCAAUGAAGCUACUAAGGCCAGGAUAUCCAAAACAUUACAGGUAACAUAAGUCAAAUAUGCCUCUUACACUUGUAAUAAAAAUAACAAAAUACACAAACACAGAUCUCCUGCUGGUGUUUUUUUUUUUUUUUUGUAGAACAUUUUUUUAAGCCAGGUUUACCCAGAAGUUUUCUACACUUGAGGUUUUUCCUUUCCUGGUUGCUGAAGGCCCUAGCCCCCUAUCAGAAUUUGGAAACUAAGAUAGAGAAGCACCAGAUUGCCAAACAUGUGCCACAACCUUGUGGUAGACUUAUGCAAUAUAGGAUCUUUUACCAUAACUAAACCCCUCCACUGAAUUUUGGCUAGGUUAUUUUUUUUUUUUUUUAAACAAACUAUUCCAUUCCAUUGAAAUUACGGUCUCGUGAAUAAGUGAAUGUGAUGGAUACGGAUAUAUAUACCAAUUUAAACUUUACAGUAUACGUUGCAUAUUUGUCUGAAGUCCUCUUUGUGAGUGUUAAGUGAACCGUGCAUAUUCCAUUGUGGAAGUAGAGAGAGAUAUAUAAAACUUUCCUGAUUGGUAUCGAAUAUAAAUAUAGCUUAUAUCCCUUUUGACAUACAGAUGUAAGCUUUAUGUGCUUUAUUUUAAAUUUAUUUUGUUAUACCAAGCUAUUUGGCUAAUAAAAGCUACAGAUGCCUUUUUAUUUUCUAUUGCAAGAUUACAUGUAAUGUCUUUCAAAGCAUUUUGGUUUCAACAAUUGUAAAUAAAUCACAUUAUGCAUUGGCUGGAUAUGAUCUCCCUGUUGCUAUUUUAAUGUACCUCUCACAUUGUCUGUCUGUGUUUACAGCGCACAUUGCAAAAACAAAGUGUGGUUUAUGGAGGAAAAUCUACGAUAAGGGACAGAUCGUCUGGUACUGCGUCCAGUGUAGCCUUCACACCACUUCAGGUGAGCUUUGUACUGAUAUAUCUCAGACCAUACUCUGAUAAGCCUGUUGUUAAAGGUCAGUGUUACUGUUAGUCAGGGGUGGAGUUUAUAAUUUACUCAGAACUACUCUUACUCUGUAUGUGUGAUGUUGUGGGAGACUGCCAUGUCAUGUAUAGCUAGUAAUAGAAUGCUCUGCCCAGUCUUGCCAAGUACAGUGCCACCUUUCCCUCUGAUUAUGCAUUGGGUAAAUGAUUCCACUCACUGAAUAACCAAGUUAGUAUUUGUAGAUGAAACCGCUAUUAUUGUUGUUCUAAUCGGCUGCCCCACACACCUUAUGGGUUUUCCGAUCUUUCUUGUAGGGUUUGGAGAUUGUCAAUCCUCAGGCUGCAGAGAAGAAAGUGACAGAGGCAAACCAAAAAUAUUUUUCCAGCAUGGCAGAAUUUCUCAAAGUGAAGAAUGAGAAAAGUGGAACUAUGACAAAUUGAGCCAAAUUCAUCUUUUGGAUUGGGUGGACUGUUAUGUGAAACUAUCAAUGUCUUUAUUGUACAUGGGUAUUGAUGUCGCUGUAAAACAAAAGGAUUUACAGUUAUCACUUCAACCAAAAAUAUAUGCUGGUUCCGUUACACCCAUGGGAUUCGUGAGAUGUCUGAUAAAGAGAGAGAAGGGCAUCUAAAUCCAUCCAUUGGAUCUUUGUAAAGUGUUUAGUAUAGCAGAAAGGAACACUUUAUUUUUUUUUUUAUCUGAAAAGAGUCUAGAGGCAUACCUAGUGUCACUUUUGCAGUUGCAUAGUUUUAAUGCAAGAUACAUACCAUGAAAGUAUCUUAUUAAUAAAAGUCCAGUUUUGUUGAAUGAUGUGUGCAAUGUAGUCACAGUGUAAAAAAAAUAAAAAAAAAUUUUUUUUUUUUUAAAUUUAAUUUGUAGUUCUUGGCUGCAACCCAUUCAUUUGUUCUUUGUAGUGUUUGCUUUCAAUAUUUAAUUGUAUGCGGACAGCAUCAAGCAUUCAGGUUUGAGCCCAGCAGUUAUGUGAUGGGGAUUGCAUUUUUAUAUAAUGUAUGGACAUUAGGCCACUCUUCAUUAAUGUUUGCCCUUGGGACUUGGCAACAGCCAAUGACAAAACACGUCUUCUGUGUUAAAACAUGGGUAUCAAAAACUAAAUAAUAAUAAAAAACAAAAAAAACACUGCAGUCCUUUUCAAACCUGCUUGGGUCAGAUGGACGUGUGAUGACUGGAGAAAGCAAAACCCUAGUGCGAUAAACUGCAAAAAGCUAUAAAACACAGGGUAAAGUGUAAUUUAAUCCACUUAUCCAAAGGAUACAAAACGCUCUUUUGGUAAACAUGUCACUUAAUUUUAAAUUGUGAAAGUGACAAAAUAUUUUAAUAGCUUUUCAAACAUUAACACAAAAUAAAACUCUUAAGAGAGUAGAAUGGUGUCCCAAAUGUAGGAUUUCCCAAUUCACUUGUGUUGUCAAUCAAUUUCAUGAACAGAAGCCAUUAUGGGUUUAGUUUCUAAGCAAGGGUUUGUGAAAAAUGU